GCACUUUUCGGAGGUGGUGCGUUUGGUUACGCUGGGGAGAGGCGGUGCCUGCUCAGCCUGCUCCAGCCUGCUGCGGCCACUGCUACGUUACAGAAAUGGCGGAGGGGGAGUUGGACGUGGACUCGCUGAUUUCCAGGCUUUUGGAGGUGCGAGGAUGUCGACCUGGGAAGAUCGUCCAGAUGACGGAGGCUGAGGUGCGCGGCCUCUGCAUCAAGUCCCGGGAGAUCUUCCUCAGUCAGCCCAUCCUCCUGGAGCUGGAGGCUCCUCUCAAAAUUUGUGGUGACAUCCACGGCCAGUACACAGACCUCCUCCGACUCUUUGAGUACGGUGGCUUCCCCCCAGAGGCCAACUACCUGUUCCUGGGCGACUAUGUGGACAGAGGGAAGCAGUCGCUGGAGACCAUCUGCCUGCUGCUCGCCUACAAGAUCAAAUACCCAGAGAACUUCUUCCUUCUGCGGGGCAACCAUGAGUGUGCCUCCAUCAACCGCAUCUACGGCUUCUAUGACGAGUGUAAACGCAGAUUCAACAUCAAACUCUGGAAGACCUUCACAGACUGCUUCAAUUGUCUACCCAUUGCUGCCAUCGUGGACGAGAAGAUCUUCUGCUGUCAUGGAGGUUUGUCACCUGACCUGCAGUCCAUGGAGCAGAUCCGGCGCAUCAUGAGACCCACAGACGUUCCUGACACAGGACUCCUGUGUGACCUCCUUUGGUCAGACCCUGACAAGGACGUGCAAGGGUGGGGGGAGAACGACCGUGGUGUCUCGUUCACCUUCGGCGCGGAUGUGGUCAGCAAGUUCCUGAACCGCCACGACCUGGACCUGAUCUGCAGAGCGCACCAGGUGGUAGAAGACGGUUACGAAUUCUUUGCCAAGCGUCAGCUGGUCACUUUAUUCUCCGCUCCAAACUACUGCGGAGAGUUUGACAACGCCGGCGGCAUGAUGAGUGUGGACGAGACCCUGAUGUGUUCCUUCCAGAUCCUGAAGCCAUCUGAGAAGAAAGCCAAGUACCAGUAUGGAGGGAUGAACUCGGGCCGGCCCGUCACUCCUCCGCGCACAGCUCAGCCUCCAAAGAAACGAUGAAGAAAGAUGAUGACAGUCAUUCAACAUUGUUCAACCCACAAAAUAGACAACUUUUGGAACAAAACCUGACAACUCUUUUCUUUUCCGUUCUCCCUCUGACACCUGUUUUUCUUUCUCUCUCUCUCUCUCUCUCUCUCUCUCUCUCUCUCUCUUCUGUGUAAUGUUCAAAUUAAAACGGUUUGUCCUUCUGUAGCAUAAGGUUUUGUUUUGGUUUUUUUUUUUUCUUUGUUGUGAAGCAACAAAUGGAGACAACGUUCUGAUUCCUCACCCAACAUGUCGGGUGUUUAACGACGACUGCUGGUUUUCAAUAAAUAAUCGUCCAAAAUUGUUAA